UUAAACGAAAAAGUUCACGAAUUAGAAAUUUAGUCAUGGCUCUUUUUAUUGAAAUGUCUGAUUGAAAGCAUCUAAGCAAAAUGUUAUAUUUCGCCACUCUCUACAUGUUAGGCAGCAACAGAAUAGAACAGAAUUUUUUUACAUUUCAUAGAUCCUUCUAAUUAACAUUCAACUACAGUAUGAUGUCUUUAUCUUUACGUGCAGUGUUUACAUUACAUAACCUAAAAGUAUCUACACGAUUGUCUGUAUCAGCUGAUAAAAUUAAUCUAUGUCGUAUUGUUUAAGAUUACAUUUCUCAUUCCUGUUUAAGUGUAGAAACAGAGGUAAAAUACAACAAAAUUUUUGAAAAUCGUAGUCUGAUGUGGAAUGACAUUGUGUCAUGAACAGAGCAUUACAUGAAACUUGCCACAGGAUGGGCAAAUUACGCAUCCUUGUUACUAACCCCGAAGUGCAUCAAAAAGCCAUAGAACUUUUACAAGAGAGAUAUGAAGUGGAUAUAUGUACAGAGCUUCCCUACCCUACAAGGGAACAAAUAUUACAAAGAAUCAGUGGAACUGAUGGUGUACUUUGGUGUUCCAAAGUAAAAGUGGAUAGUGAAAUGUUGGAUAAAGCAGGGCCAACCCUGAAGGUGUUAGCAACAAUGUCUGCUGGAUAUGACCACAUUGACGUCGAGGAACUCAAAGCAAGAGGGAUCAAAUUUGGGAACACUCCUUAUGUCUUGAGCGCUGCUGUGGCUGAGGUAGCAGUACUUCUUUGUUUGGCCACAGCCCGCAGGUUACAUGAAGGCCGACUCAAGAUAGAAACUAAUAAUUGGGAGUCAUAUCGUCCUCAGUGGCUGAUGGGUCAGGAUAUUCAGGGAUCUACAGUUGGCAUUGUUGGCUUUGGUGGAAUUGGACAAGCUAUUGCCAAACGUCUCAUACCUUUUGAAGUGAAGCAAAUUAUUUAUUCUGGUCAUUCACCUAAACCACAAGCCAAAGAAUUUGGAGCAGUAUUUGUUUCAUUUGAUGAGCUAUUGAGGCAUAGUGACUUUGUGAUAAUAGUGUGUCCACUGAAUGAAGAAACUAAAGGAAUGUUCAAUGAAGAAGCAUUUAAUAAAAUGAAACCCAAUGCUAUUUUAGUCAAUGUUGCUCGUGGAGGAAUUGUUGACCAGCCAGCUUUGUAUGAAGCCCUCAAGCAAGGAAAAAUCUUUGGAGCAGGACUUGAUGUGAUGAUUCCUGAACCACUACCAACAGACAGUCCACUGCUCAGUCUGCCUAACUGCGUAUUACUCCCACAUGUUGGAAGUGCAACUGUGAAAACACGGACAGCCAUGGCAGUUUUGGCAGCAGAAAACAUCAUCGCAGCCCUUGAAGGCAAACCAAUGCCAGCUCCUGUGUGAUGCAUUAAAAUGUGUUAUGCUAGGUGUUAAGUGAUUAUGUAUUUGAGAAGAAUAUCAGAGGAACCAUAAUGUUGAAGAGUCAAAGAAUGAUACUGUAAUUAUGUUGUAACACAUGAACAUUCAGAAGUGUUAUUACAGUUGAAAUAAUUAAAAAAAUAAUCUAUUACA